GCCGAACUAUUGGCAGGCCGCGCGAGAGAGAUGCGGAGGUUGAAAAAGGAGGUACAAACAUCUCCGAAUCUCCACCGAGUGGGCGAGCCAAACUAACCGCAAAAUAGCUCCUGUAGCGCAAAUUUGAAGAUUAGCAUUUACGAUGUAAUAAAAUUAAGAUGCAACGAGACUGAUUAAGAAGCAACGGGAUUCCUAAAUUCUGCCGCCGCCGAGACUCGCAUGGUGGCUCCUGUGGAAUUGCAGUCAAUCCAAAGGAUACGGCAGGCUUCCAUCCAGGCACUGCGCGCCUAACCCUUGCCCUGCCCUCCCCCCCAUGGCGAAUUCAUAUCGAACCCACCAGUGUAUGAGGAACUCGGGUUGGAUUGGCUUCCCUCCCCCCUGCUUUGUGAAUGCCAGAAGAGGGUGGGGAAACACACGCAGGAAGAGCGCGCGGAGGAUGCUAGCCGGCCAAGAGCCCUUUGGGUUUUCUUCCUAAGAGGUCACAAGGCGUUUUUUAAAAAAAAAAAAAACCCAAAAGAUUCUGUUCUCGCGCGCACCCUCCUCUCCCCCCCCCCCCUUCGUCUCGUGGAUUCUGAUAGCCGUCUGGCGCGCGCGCCCCGUUCGAAGUGUGGAAGGCGGCUCCGCCCGUUCGGAGUUUUUGAACAGCAGUUAUGGCUAAAAGAAAGGAGGGAAGUGUUUCAUCACCAGGAUCCAACAAAAGACCUAGACAAGAAUUCCGAGAAGACUCUGAUGAUGACACCCAUGAGGAGGACUUUUUGCAACUGACAAGCGAAAGCAGCUCGAAUUCACAGUCGGCAUCAGGAGAUGUUGGAAUAAUUGAAAGUAUCCAGCUGAAGAACUUCAUGUGCCAUUCAAUGCUGGGUCCAUUCAAGUUUGGCUCCAAUGUCAAUUUUAUAGUUGGAAACAAUGGGAGUGGGAAGAGUGCUGUGUUAACUGCCCUUAUUGUAGGGCUUGGUGGGAAAGCUGUAGCAACAAACCGAGGAUCGUCUUUGAAAGUGUUUGUAAAAGAGGGGCAAAAUUCUGCAGAUGUUUCAAUAAUUCUGCGAAACAGAGGUGAAGAUGCAUUUAAACCAGAAUUGUAUGGUGACAAAAUCACUGUAAACCAGCACAUAAGCUUGGAAGGACAUCGUAGUUACAAACUGAAAAGCAGCACAGGUGUAUUGAUUUCUUCUAAGAAGGAAGAACUUACUGCAAUUCUGGAUCACUUUAACAUCCAGGUGGAUAAUCCUGUGUCUGUACUCACCCAGGAGAUGAGUAAACAGUUUCUACAAUCUAAAAACGAAGGAGACAAGUACAAGUUUUUUAUGAAAGCUACACAGUUGGAACAGAUGAAGCAAGAUUAUGCAUACAUCAUGGAAACCAAAACGAGAACACGUGAUCAGGUGGAGCAAGGAGAAGUGUUUCUUGAAGAGCUUCGGAAACAGUAUUCGGAGAAAGGAGAACGUUAUAAAAACAUGGCUAAUGUGAGUGAAAUGGAAAAUAGGCUGAAGGAGCUGCGACAUCAGAUAGCAUGGGCAAUGGUGAGAGAAACUGAAGGUGAAAUAAAACCAAUCAGAAGCAAAAUUGAUGUUCAGGAAGCAAGCACUGAAAAAUUUGUUCAGAAAGUGGAAGAAUGGCAGGUUAAAGUAAAUGAAGCAGAAAUAAAGCAUAAAUGUAUGCAAGAAAGACUUGAAAAGAUUAUGGAAGAAGCUCAGACAUUACAGCCAACAUGUGUUGCUUUGAAAAUGGAAGUGCAGAAAAAAAGAAAAGCAUACAAUGAUGCUGAGGCUGAAUAUAAUAGGCGCCAAGUUGAACUGAAACGCUUGGUAAGAGACAAUGAGCAACUCUGCAAAAAAACUGAAGAACUAAAAAGCAGUGCUCACCAGAUGUCAGCACCUGAAGAGUUGGAAAGACAAAGAAAAACUGAGCAAUUGAAAGAAAAGUUGAAGACAGUUCGUGAUAAAGAUGAAUUAAUUGGUCAAGAAAUAGAGCAGUAUCAGCAUGCUGGGCGUACAUACAGAGAAAAAUGUGCUGGGCUUGAGAAGGAAGAACGUGAACUAAAGACAACAUUGGAUUUUCAGCAACAACAGCUAAGACAGUUGAAGGAAAGUAAGACCAACAGGCUGAAAAGAUUUGGGCAACAUAUGCCAACCCUUUGUGAUGCAAUUGAAAAGGCUUGCCAACAAGGGCAAUUUAAAUGCAAACCAGUUGGACCCCUAGGUGCUUUUAUUCAUCUGAAAGAUGCUGAACUUGCUCUGGCUAUUGAGACAUGUUUGAAAAACUUGGUUUUGGCAUUUUGCUGUGAUAAUCAUAGUGAUGAAAGAAUAUUACAAGCAUUGAUGUCAAAGUUCUAUCCACCUGGCUUUCGACCUCAGAUAAUUGUUAGCACUUUUCGGCAUAAUAUUUAUGACGUAAGGCAAAAAGCAGUUGAUCAUCCUGAAUAUCCUUCAGUGUUGACAGCUCUAGAGUUUGAUAAUGCUGUGGUUGCCAACUGUUUGAUUGACAUGAGGGGUAUAGAAACAAUUCUGCUAAUCAAAAAUAAUAAGGAAGCUCGUGAUGUAAUGGUGAUGCAAAAUCCUCCCAAAAAUUGUAGAGAAGCUUUCACCGCUGAAGGUGAUCAGGUGUUUCACACUCGCUAUUAUUCUUCUGAGUAUACCAGGCCCAGGUACCUCAGUAGAGAUGUGGAAGCAGAUAUACGUCACUUGGAGAAAGAAAUUGGAAACAAAAAAGGUCAGCUUUCCUCUUGUCAGCAACAAAUCUGUUAUAUUAAGAAUGAAAUAAAAAAGAAUCAGAACAUCCUUAAUAAUCACCAGCAGCAUCAAAAACAACUACAGGUAGCAGUGAGAAAAAUAAGUCAAGAAAUCAUAGAUCUUGAAAACAUAGAAGAACAACAGUCAGCCAUCAUAUCUACAUUGGAAGCUGAAGCUGAAGAGGUCAAGAAGAAGAUGGAAACCGUUAUGGAGGAUAUUCAUUUGCGGAAGAAGAAAAUGGAAGAAGGGAAACAUAGUCUUCAAGAAGCAGAACAGAAAUUAGCAGCAAUUAAAGACAAACUUCAUCAAGUAGAAGAAGAAGCAGGCCCAGUCAAGGAUGGACUCAGUCAAGCAGAUGACUCAUUGGAAUACAGUAAAAAUCACAUGCGACACUAUGAAGGAAAAAAGAAAGACCAUUUGGAAUCCAUUAAAAAACUUAAAGCUCAUCUAGCUGCAAAAGAGAAGGAAUUAAUGGAAAUGAUUGAGAAGGCUUCUGAAAUCCACCCAGAGAGAAUAGAAGUAAACAGAACUGUUAAGAGUCUUGAUACAGAAAUGAAUCGCUUGAGAGUGGAGAUAAAUUCAGAAAGAGAGCGUACUGGAGACAGAGAAGAAAUAAUAAGGCAGUUUCAGGAGGCAAAAGAAAAAUAUCAUAGCGCAGACACUGAAGUAAAAAAUUUGAAGAAAUUUAUUAAACGUUUGGAUGACGUGAUGAAUCAGAGAUACAGCACAUUUAUACAUUUUAGAAGGUUCCUAACUAUGCGGUGCAAAUACUACUUUAAUUCUUUGUUAAGUCAGAGGUCAUAUUCUGGAAAAAUUGAGUUUGACCACAAAAAUGAAAAACUCUCAAUUACAGUUCAACCUGGAGAGGGAAACAAGGCUGCUCUAGAUGACAUGAAGUCUUUAUCGGGAGGUGAACGUUCCUUCUCUACUGUGUGCUUCAUUCUUUCCUUGUGGUCAAUUGCUGAAUCUCCAUUCAGAUGCUUGGAUGAAUUUGAUGUCUUUAUGGAUAUGAUUAACAGAAGAAUUGCAAUGGACAUGAUGCUUAAGAUGGCAGAUUCUCAACGUUAUCGUCAAUUUAUUUUGCUCACACCGCAGAAUAUGAGUUCCUUGCCUACCAGUCGCUUUCUUCGAAUCCUCCGAAUGCAAGACCCUGAGAGAGGACAACGUACGCUGAGUUUCCCUCAUAGAAGUGAAGAAGAUGAAGAUGAGGAAUGAAUACACUUAAUUAUGUACUUCUCAUCAUUGUCAACUUAACAUGUGUUCAAAAUUUUGCACUAGUGCCUUCUCUGCAUUGCAGCAGCUGUUAUGUUUGUAAAAAGAAAUGAAUAGAAAUGCGUUAUUCAUGGAAGCAAGAAACAUGCUACUUUUAUUGUUCCAAAGAUAUUACAAAAUACUAGAGAGCAGACAAUAAAUUUUACAUAAUAACCAUUCUAAGACAUUAAGUUUAUAGUGAAAAAGUUUUUAAACCUUAUUUUAUUAAAUUAAUAAAUUCUUGCCUAGAAUUCCUCCAAUAUUAAAUAAAUGGUCACUCUUUUCUAUGAUAUAAGCAAUAUCCCACACUGAUUAGCUUUUCUGGACCCCAGCCAUUUAUAUCCUAGCUCCUACAGCUAGGCAUUGAUGGUACUUAAUACAUCUAUCACUUCUGUGUACUGUAUGUAGCGACCAGCCAAAAAAGUGUUUAAUGUCCAGAGGUGGUGCUUUCCUGUGGAAACCAACCUGAUUUAAAGUUACGUUUGUUAGGAGUUGGGACCCAUGAGCGGGGAGGGCUUUUUCAAUUGCUGUAAGCAAAUUCUGGAGGUGAGUGGUUUCUGACUGUAGACACCUUCUGAACUAAGAUAGAUAUGGUUCAAAAAGCCUUUGAACUCAAUUGACUGACUGUGAAAGUUAGAUUUAAUGGAACUGAUGUUUGUGUGUGUUUUAAAUUAUUUCCUUUCUAAUUUGUAAUUUUAUUAAGUUCAGUUUUUCCUUUUAAGGCAGAAUACAAAAAUUCUAGCAUGAGUACUUUUCCAGCAUAUACCAUUCCCUGGCCAGGUAUCAUGCUAUCAUCAAGAUCUUCAGGAACACACACUCAUACAAAUUGAAAAGAAGCAUUGCAGUCUUCCAUGUAUAUUGUUUUAUUUCACAUCAGUGAUAUUUUUAAGUCUCUCUUACUAAAGCUAGAGCACAAUAUAAAUUCUAGCAAGAUUUUCUGAUUCCUUUUAGUCAGAAUUUGUUCAUUUAAAAUCAAUUGCAUAUAUUUUUCUCCAAUGAGUCCUUCUAAUAAAAUCUAUUGGAUAACAAA